GUGUCAUGUCAUUUUGGAGUCGUGACGAAAAGUGAAAGUUUCGAAAUAUUGCUAGAUAGUUUCAAUUAUUUUUAACAUAAUUUUGGUGCCGCAUGGAUUGUUUUAAUCAUAAAAUUUAAUGUGGUCAAAACGCGUGCUGAUAGGAUCGAAAAAUGGCUCAUCAAGAAACCAAUGGGAUGUUAAAAAACAGAAAGGAGAAUGUUUAUCUUGAUAAAACAGACUUGAAAACUCAGGAUGAGACUAAAAAAAGUGAUGCUAAAGACACGUCUACGAACAGCCGGAUAAUCGCACUUGUGUUUUUAUCCCUAUUACUGGACUUGCUGGCGUUCACAAUGAUUUUGCCGCUGUUGCCGUCUUUGAUGGAUUAUUAUGAUAAAGAAGAAGGUCAUGGAAAUAGCUUAUAUUCGUCGCUUCUUCGAGCGGUGCAGGGUUUCCAAAGGCUGACGGGAGCUCCCGACCGCUUUGCUUCCGUUCUGUUUGGAGGCGCCUUAGGAUCUUUGUACAGUUUUCUACAAUUUCUAACUAGCCCUAUUGUGGGAAGUUUGUCAGAUGCAUAUGGUAGAAAACCUAUGUUGUUGAUAUGUUUGACAGGCAUAGCUUUGUCCCAUGGGCUAUGGAGCAGAGCAAGUACAUUCAGUUUAUUUGUAUUGGCCCGUAUAAUCGGAGGUCUAAGCAAAGCCAAUGUGAGUCUGAGCAUGGCCAUAGUCACUGAUGCCUCAAAUGAAAAGACCAGAGCCAGAGGAAUGGCUCUUAUAGGUCUGGCAUUCUCUGUAGGGUUCAUUUUGGGCCCACUGGCCGGCGCUUGGUUCUCGAAAACAAGAGACGGGUCUUCCGGACCGUGGGGAGAGCGCCCCGCGUACUACGCCUUGGGUUUGUCCCUGGCCAAUGUCGCGCUAGUCUCGUUUUGCAUACCCGAGACAUUAUCAAAAGAAAAAAGAGCACCUCUCUCAUUCACACUUUCUAAAACUGUGGACUAUGUAUCCCCAUGGCAUCUAUUAAAGUUUACGGCAGUCAAAAACCUAUCGCAACAUCAAAACAAAGUUCUGAACAAAUUGGGGCUCAUCUACUUCUUUUACUUGUUUCUUUAUUCGGGACUCGAGUUCACCAUAACAUUCCUAACUCAUCAUACAUUUGGGUAUACUGCUAUGCAACAAGGGAAAAUGUUUUUAGUUAUAGGAGUCAUAAUGGCAUUUCUGCAAGGCGGAGCGGCCCGCAGGUUGGGGGCCGCUGGCGCUGAGAAGGCAGCGCGAGCCGCUUUAGCGCUGACCCCGCCCUCUUUCCUAUGCGUGGCGUUCGCGGCGCUCCCUAAGCCGCCAUUGCUAGCACCUGUCACCUGGCUGUGGUUGGGGCUUGUGCUGUUCGCAAUAUCACUCCCUAAGCCGCCACUACUAGCACCUGUCACCUGGCUGUGGUUGGGGCUUGUGCUGUUCGCAAUAUCCACGGCAUUCGCGGUAUCGUGUAUGACAUCAAUGGCGGCGGGGCAGGCGCCGGCAGAAGCGCGCGGCGCGGUGCUGGGCAGCCUGCGAUCACUGGGAGCGCUCGCCCGCGCCGCCGGACCCCUUAUUGCGGCCGCAGUGUACUGGUGUUCGGGCGCCGCUACCACUUACACAAUAGGAUCAAUAAUUUUAAUCAUUCCAGCUGUGAUGAUAUUCAGACUGAAAACUUAAUAGCAGUUUACUGCAGUACAGUACCUCUUGCCAAGCAAUAAUUACAUUUAAGAAGUAUUCCAUUAUUUAUUGUUUUUUACAACUAUUUUCUAUCUUUUGUUAAUUUAUACGUGUUUUUUAAUUUUUAUUGAGCAAUAAUAUUUACAUAAUAUUUUUAGUGUACCAUCUCGAAUAACAGUAUUAAAAAUAUUUUUGAAACGUG